UCGGCAUGCAAAUUUAAUCUUCCGGAAGAAGCGGGUCCGCUGAGUCAGCAGAUCUCCAGUGGACCGGACCCCAAUCAACCUUGGAGCCUCCGUCCUUAGAUGAGGCCGCUGGCACCGUGUCGUGUUAUCUUGUUAGGAUCGAUUAAAGCUGCCGGUAUGGAGGUGGACGACACAAAGGAUUCUGAGAGUGAUGGUGUAGGGCUGAAGCCGACAGGGCAGGCGGCGGGCCGCCCUCGGUCAUUGAGCCCAGCCGCUGAGCCAUCAUCGAAGGACGAUGAGGAUAAUUAUAGCCAACAAUCAGACGAAGAAGCUGGGGAUGAGGAUGAGGAUGAUGAGGAUGAGGAUGAUGAGGAAGAGGAGCCGCGCCUCAAAUAUGCUUCAUUGACCAAAAGCAUUGGCUCCGUAUAUCGAAAUGGAGAUGCUACAAGCUCCUUCCUGACUGCGGGAGACAAAAUGAUCGUUGGGACACAUAAUGGAAAUAUUCAUGUUUUAUCCGUCCCUUCUUUCCAGAUUCUUCGUGUUUACCAUGCGCACUCCGCAACCGUUUCCUCCAUAUCAAUAUCACCCUUUCCACCUUCACUCCCCAUGCCCCAGCUGGAUACAUUUCGGCAAUUUUCCAGUGAUAGUAAUAGCAUCAAAUCGCAAUCUACUACCCAGAAAAAUAAAAACUCGACGAAAGCCCAACCUGCAAUCCCAGCGACCCCCUCGAACUCUAUCUAUAUUGCGUCGUCCUCCAUAGACGGAAAUGUCUGUGUAUCAUCGUUAGUGGACCCAAGAGAUGUCCUCCUACGUAACUUCGGACGACCAGUCCAAGCUGUAGCUCUCUCACCUGAAUACAAAAAUGACAAAAGCUACAUUUCAGGAGGACUAGCUGGUACAUUGGUCCUUACAACUGGGGGCAAGGUUGGGACGAAAUCAAAUUCUACAGUUAUGGGAGUCUCUGCCCCCAAUACUUCGGGUUGGUUGGGCUCUCUUGGUUUAGGCGGAAAUUCCGGCAAAGACGUUGUUCUGCAUAGCGGAGAGGGAACCAUUAGUACCAUAAAAUGGUCACUAUCAGGGAAGUAUGUAAUGUGGGUAAACGAAGAAGGAAUCAAAAUAAUGCGGACAAAUUUACACCUCGAGAAUGCGGAUUCUGAAUUCGCCUGGAAACGCAUGAGCCAUAUCGACCGACCUAAUCGUCCCGGGUGGGAGGAAAUGGCAAGCGUUUGGAAACCGCGAGCAGAGUGGGUGGACGAAAAUUCCGUGGAUGUCGACGACGAUCCUGGAAAAUUACAGUCACAAAAACAGUCCCCAGCUGCUAACGCGAGCAACUGCCGAAGUCGAAGCUCAGUCGAAAAACUCGUGGUGGGCUGGGGUGGCACUGUUUGGAUUAUCAAUGUCUUUCCAGGUGGAUCCAGUACGGGAAAGGAUGUUGGAGAACGGAAAAUUGGAUCCGUAGGAGUUGCAACUAUAUUACGCACUGACUGUAUUAUUUCCGGAGUUUCGCUAUAUACCCCAAAUUUGCUUCUUGUACUUUCUUAUCUGAUACCUGAGGACGAAAACGACGAGUCCAACGCGAAGCAGGCAGGCCCUCGACGCGGAAUUCGUCAUCGACAAAAUGGCCUUGAGCCUGAACUUAGAUUGAUUGACAUCGAAACCAAAGAGGAACUUAGUGCGGAUACCCUGAGUGUCAAAAAGUACCAAACGUUUUCCGCAUCGGAUUACCAUUUAGGUGUUCUACCUCCAAUUCGAGCACCUACAGCAGCAGUACAGCGAGGCGCACUCGAGGCUAUAGGGACUGGACUCUGGGACGCAACCCUAUAUCCUACCCGCCUUUUUAGCUCCGCUGCUAGCGUACGGAGCAACGGCAGCAGCGGCGACAAAGGUUCAAGCAUCCGUGGAGGGAGUUCAAUAAACUCGACGGGUUUAUCAGCCAGCGACAAACAGGCCAAGGAGCUAGCUAUUACAGCUAUCGGCGGAAUCAAGAUAUUCAUCCACAGCCCUUAUGACUGUAUAAUUGCAAUAAAAAGAGGCAUUGUAGAUCGUUUAGCUUGGCUAGAUAGUCAUGAAAAGUAUGAAGAAGCAUGGGAGUUAAUUGUCCAGCACCCAGAAGCUGCUGCCGCUACCUUGGAGAGGGCGGAGAGCCUGCCUUCGACCCCGACUAAGCCACAGAGUACCCUCGCGGAUUUUUUCUCUGAUGACAAUGCAUCGGUCAAGACUGCUAUCCAGGCCGCAAACUCCGCGCCAGAAAUGGAAAAGCGCCGUAUUGGAGAACGUUGGCUAGAGCAGCUUCUUAGUCAAGAAAACUGGGAGAGAGCUGGGCAAGUGUGCGGCAAAGUCCUCAGGACAACAUCCAGAUGGGAACACUGGAUAUGGAUUUUUGCGCGCAACAAUAAGUUCGAUGAAAUAACGCCCCACGUCCCAAUUGAGAUUAGCCCCCCGCUUCCCUCUUUGAUAUACGAAGUUAUUCUUGGGCAUUAUGUUUCCCGAGAUCGUAUCAGAUUUAAGGAACUACUCGAACUAUGGCCUACCGAUCUUUUCGAUAUUACAAGUGUAACCGCUGUCAUAGAAGACCAGCUCCAAUCGAAAGUUGUCACGCCCGGCUCGGAUGACUGGAAGAUUUUGAUGGAUAGUCUAGCGAAAUUGUUCCUAGCAGGGAGGCAUUACAGGGAAGCUCUCCAUUGCUACAUCAGUCUCCAGGAUGAUGAGGCCGCAAUGCGAUUAAUUCGUGAAUAUCAUUUGUUGGAUGCUAUAGCCGAUGAUAUUCCCGGCUUCAUUCUCAUUCGCGUCUCGAAAGAUCAAUUGAAAUCAGCGUCUAUACCCGAGUUGGAUGCUGCCACAGUAGAUCCCAUCAAAGUUUUGGUGAGGGAAGCGGCCAAUGGUGUCGUUGGCCCUGAAGCUGUUGUUUCACAGUUACAGGCCACAAACCGCCGACUGUUUCUUUUCUUCUAUCUACGGACUCUCUGGAGAGGUGAUGCAACAUCAACCGCUAUAGAGAAGCCUUCCAGAUUUCGACACCAGAAGAUGGAUGCUGCAGAGAAGCUUGUCGUUGAUGAAAGACGCGCUCUGAUUGAUGGCCUCUCAGAUAUCGUCAUCGAAUUAUUCGCAGAGUACGAUCGUCAAUUAUUAAUGGAGUUCCUCCAGUCAAGCACAUCUUACUCAUAUAGCGCAGCCAGCUCAAUAUGUGAAUCUCGCCGUUAUAUCCCUGAGCUUAUUUAUCUCCUAUCCAAAACUGGCCAAACAAAACGAGCACUCAACCUCAUCCUGUCAGAUCUUAAAGAUGUCUCAUACGCCAUCUCAUUUGCCAAGUCACAAGAUGACCCUGAUCUUUGGGAAGAUCUCUUGUCCUUCUCGAUGGAUAAACCCGAAUAUAUCCGCGGCUUGCUUGCCGAGGCGGGAACUUCAAUUGACCCGAUAAACCUUGUCCGGCGUAUACCAAGCGGCCUGGAAAUAGAAGGGCUAAGAGAAGGCCUUACUAGAAUGAUUCGGGAACAUGACAUCCAAGCCUCCAUCAGUCAAGGCGUCGCGAAAGUUUUGGAAGGAGAGGUCGCGACGCGAAUGGACAUCUUACGUCAGGGACAACGGCGAGGCAUUAAAUUCGAUAUCGUCACUCCCAGCUCGGGCCUAAGUCAGAAGCAGCAAGAUACUCAGGAAACUGAGGAGUUGGGCAGAGGACGUUGCGCUGGAUGCCGUAAGCUGUUCAGUGAGCAAGAAACCGAAACCCUCAUCGGCUUCGCCUGCGGCCACAUCUUCCACGUCUCCCACCUACACCUCGACCACUACCACCACCAACAGCCUCCCACAACUACCUCCAAUACAACAACAGAUCAUGAACAACGUCCCACCUCCCCAACCCCAACUCUCCGCCCACCACCACCACCACCACAAACCUCAUCGCGACCACACACAGCCUCAACUUCAUCCCCAUCCCACCCAGACUAUGCAACGACUCAAUUCUCCCCUCUAUUUUCCCGCACAGUCGGCCCCAAAGUGACCAAUGCACGUCUCUUACGAGACAAAGUUGGCGACGGAUGCGGCAUUUGUACAGCGAAGAGUAAUAUCGAUGAAGCGGCACAGGGAGGAAUUGUGGUGUUGCGAGGGAAGUGAAAACUAGGAAACUACUAACUCUCUUGGCUUUUUCCCCUGUGGGGGCUUAUUUUUUUGAGGGGGUCCGGGGAACUUAGGGCAUACUAGUGCGGAAAGAGAGGAUGAGAAAGGAGAGAAUAUUACCAGUAAUAGUACUGGGAAGUAACUAACUAAUAAUCAUAAAGUAAUCACGGGGUUUAAAAGAGUUGAAUUGAGGGGUCUCCUUUGGUUUUCUUUUUCGCCGGGGGCCCUGCUGCUAAUAAAUGUCUGGAGAUGGGGGAGAUGAUAUCAUGUUCCAUGGAUGCCCCUCUUCCCUCGUCUACCACCUCUUCCACACCCUACCUAUUCUUCUAUUUUACAAGAUGAAUACCAAGGCUUCUUGACAGGAACCAGUUUCUCACAUAUAAAGGUAUGUUUGCUAUAUUAAUAAGGAUUGGGGUAAUAAGGACAUGGAAAUUAUUCGACUUGUCCGGUUUCCUCCAGAACAGAUGGCAGAGUUGCCCGAACGGAAUGCCUUCUCUCCUCGUCAAGCUAUAGUUCCAGUACGAAUACCUCUUGGUUCCCCAGGCGACCACCGCUCAGCUUGCUAUGUCAUCUUCUUUACCACCCAGUCGAGUAUACCGCCGACCCGCUAUCUACUUCAUUUUUCUAGGAAUAACGUGUUAUCGAUCUGAGGAUAGGUUAGGGAAUUUUACAAGACGGGCACAUCUCUAGUCACUUUUAGGUCGUGAGAACAUCAAACAAUACACUACGUAGGUGUAUCUUAAGAGUUCAAUGACCAGAUCUUUUUGUGAUGAAUAUGAACGAAGAAUGCUGCGUCUGAUUUUUAGUUGAAUCUACCUCGAGUAUGACCCCAUUAAACCCUCCUAGCUAACCCGCGAUUUCCUCAACUUACGAAGGAGCCAUGUGAACGUUGUACUGCCACAUCGUCGGGUGUUUACAACGCCACAAGAGCAGCAAAUCCCGCAGCACCAACGAGGAUUGCACCCUCGAGGCCACCGUUGCGAACCGCAAAGUUGGUUUCGAUAGGCGGGGCGAUACCGGUCUCAGAGGCAACAGGGGUCGAUGCAGAAGGAGUAACUGAAACAGCGGGGUUGCUGCUGACCGCCGUAGAGGAUAUCGCAAUUGGAUCAACAGAAGACCCUAGAGCCUCAGAGGCAGAAGAAACUGCCACGCUGCUGGAGACCGGAGCAAGGACUGGAGACGUCGUGGACUGAAUUUCAGAAACUUGGGAUGGAUCAGAUGUGACCGGGUCGAAAGCAUCACAGCUCUCAGCGGUGGCGGUGGCAGUGACAGUGAUUGUUUCUAUACGUGUUAGUGGUCGUAACUUGGAAGUUUCCACCACCCGUGGAUAGUAUGAUAAAGGAAAGGGAAGGAGUCCGAGGACAAAUCUACCAUCAUCAGGAGGUCAGAGGGUUGCACUUACCCUGACGAGCAACAAUCUUGCCAAAGAAGCCCUGGCUUCCCAAUCCACGAGGAGAGUCGACGACUAUUGCGUGGUGUUAGUUAGAGGGCGUCAACGCUACAAAGAUACUGGGUUCCUCUUUGCUACAACUCACCAGCUUUCUCGGCGGCAGCACGAGGGAGGUCUACAAGACAAUAAAGGUCAGCACAAUCAUCGUCCAACGUUGGGCUCUCUCUACGAUGAGAUGGGGCCAGGGCGGUGACGAAAACACCGGAACCAUGUAGGAAACCAGAAACAGAGCGUUGCGAAGACUUACUUGCAGCAGUUGCCAUGAUGGCAAAGACCAUAGAGGCCAGAAAAACGAUGAACUUGACAGACAUUGUGAUGGAACUGAACUUUGAGCGAAAGUUGAGCAGCAGCUGAAAACGAAGGUUUUGAGAUGGUCAGGGGCAGAGAUUGAAUUGAUAAUUUUUCAGAUAGUGUAUCUGGAACGAGUGAGAUGUUACUGGGACGGUGAAAUUGAUGAAAAAGGGCUGGAAAUGAUGGGGAUGAUGGACGAAACGGCAAUGCGUGGGAUGGGGAGAGAAGAAGAAGAAGAGAAGAGGGGGGAGUCGGAGAAUUUAAAUGAACAGUGUGGACAAGCGAGAAGCGAGAAGCGAGAAGCAAGAACAGGAACAGGAACAGGAACAGGAACAGAACAGAGAGCAGGUGCCUGGCAACCGCCUCCUUCGGGAAAGAGUCAGGCGCGGUGUGUUCCAAUGUUCCAAGGUUGUCUUGCUGCUUCCCAAACAGGAAGAAGCCCUGGUGAAUGCAUUCGUCACUCACCAAAACACCAACCCGGGAAAAUCACGCCAUUCGAAGAUGUACGCUACCCAGCAGCUGCCCGGCAACAGAGUACCUCGUCCAUAUAAAGGCUCAUCUGAUAGCUGUUAGUUACCAUAGUUGUUUUGCAGCAUUCACCGAACCUCCGCCGGAAACAAUCACAGCGGAACCCAAUUUCCCUCCCUCUUGGCGACGACGGAACUCCUAAUGGGAUGAUCAGGCUCGGCACAAAAGAUGUUGGGGGGCAGGCUCCUCUUGCCUAACUAGAGGGCUGCAGUGUCAAUACCUAGGUAGCUACGCCUUUUUCUCCUACUUCGACAUAUCCUACCAUACAUUCUGGAUUUUGGAAAGCGAAAAAUGCCUUCCUGCCCAUGUACGUACGUGUACGUUUUAUCCCUUAGGGGUAAUAAC